GUGUUGGGCCACCGAUCACUCCGCCAUUGUGUGCCUAAUCCAACCUCCAAUGGCUUUAUACAAGAACACAGGGUCCUCAUCCAAGUUCCUCAACACCGCCUUCUAGGGACCAGGAACUAGGAAGUAUAUGAUCUUUCUUUCCCCUCCUGCUCCGUACCAAGCGAGUUUAGUUUCCUCUGGGGGAUUACCAUGAGCACGAAACGCCGGAUCGAAGACGUUUCAGCCGUCAGUGUCGUCGCGAAGAAACCAGUCUUCUUGACUAAAGCCCAGCGCGAGGAAUUAGCCCUCAAGCGUCGUCAGCAAGAAGCCGAUCAACUCCAGCACCAACGUCAAGAGCUACUCUCCUCUCUCGGCCGUCCAGCUGACGCUUCCGGUAGCGACGUCAAGCCCUCCGAUUCGGACCGCCAUCGGGACCGGGACCGUGACCGAGACCGGGACCGCGACCGACGAGAUCGAGAUCGAGAUCGAGAGCGUGACCGUGACCGGGAACGUGAUUCUGAGAGGCGGAACCACCGCGAGAGGGAGCGCGAAGAGGAGGCUAGGGCUCGUGAGCGUGCGCGCGAGGAGAAAUUAGCUGAGCGAGAGCGUGGGAAAGAGCUCGAAGCCAUCAAAGAGCAGUAUCUCGGGUCCAAGAAGCCUAAGAAGCGGGUCAUCAAACCCAGUGAGAAAUUCAGAUUUUCUUUCGAUUGGGAGAACACCGAGGAUACCUCUCGGGACAUGAACUCUCUCUACCAGAACCCUCACGAGGCCCAGCUCUUGUUCGGACGAGGCUUCCGCGCCGGCGUGGACCGUCGCGAGCAGAAGAAGCUCGCCGCCAAGAACGAGAAGGAGAUGAGGGAGGAGAUUCGCCGGAAGGAUGGGAUCGAGGAGAAGCCCGAGGAGGCCGCGGCGCAGAAGCUCAAGGAACAAGCUGCCGAUUUGUACGACACCUUCGAUAUGAGGGUCGAUCGCCAUUGGAGCGAAAAGAAGCUCGAGGAAAUGACUGAGAGAGAUUGGAGGAUUUUCAGGGAGGACUUCAACAUUUCGUACAAGGGCUCUAAGAUCCCUCGGCCGAUGAGGGCUUGGGCCGAGAGUAAACUGAGUUCGGAGCUGUUGAAGGCGGUGGAGAAAGUAGGGUACAAGAAACCCUCGCCUAUUCAAAUGGCGGCUAUUCCGCUCGGUAUGCAACAGCGCGAUGUGAUCGGGAUCGCUGAGACUGGUUCUGGCAAAACUGCUGCUUUUGUUCUUCCUAUGUUGACUUACAUUACGAGGCUCCCUCCAAUAAGUGAAGAGAACGAGGCCGAAGGCCCUUACGCCGUUGUAAUGGCUCCAACCCGUGAGCUUGCGCAGCAGAUUGAGGAAGAAACUAAUAAGUUUGCCAAGCAUUUGGGGAUCAAAGUGGUCUCCAUUGUUGGUGGCCAGUCCAUUGAGGAGCAAGGAUUCAAGAUUAGGCAAGGGUGUGAAGUUGUCAUUGCUACGCCAGGACGUUUGAUUGAUUGCUUGGAGAGGCGCUAUGCGGUUCUCAAUCAGUGCAAUUAUGUUGUUCUCGAUGAGGCCGAUCGCAUGAUUGAUAUGGGAUUCGAGCCUCAGGUUAUGGGUGUCUUGGAUGCAAUGCCUUCAAGCAAUUUAAAACCCGAGAAUGAAGACGAAGAACUUGAUGAGAAGAAGAUUUACAGAACCACUUAUAUGUUUAGUGCCACCAUGCCCCCUGCUGUGGAGCGCCUUGCCAGAAAGUAUUUGAGAAAUCCUGUCGUGGUAACUAUAGGUACUGCUGGAAAGGCCACCGAGUUGAUAUCCCAGCAUGUAACCAUGGUGAAGGAAUCAGAAAAGUUUUACAGGUUACAGAGAUUGCUUGACGAACUUGGUGAUAGGACUGCUAUUGUGUUUGUGAACACUAAGAAGAAUGCAGAUACCGUUGCCAAGAACUUGGAUAAGGCGGGGUACCGUGUGACAACUUUGCAUGGUGGGAAGUCUCAGGAGCAAAGGGAGAUCAGCCUUGAGGGUUUUAGGACCAAGAGAUACAACGUUCUUGUUGCCACCGAUGUUGCAGGGCGUGGUAUUGACAUUCCCGAUGUGGCCCAUGUGAUCAAUUACGAUAUGCCUGGGAAUAUUGAAAUGUACACACAUCGUAUUGGACGAACAGGCCGGGCAGGCAAGACGGGUGUGGCCACUACAUUCCUGACUUUUCACGACUCUGACGUCUUUUACGAUCUCAAGCAGAUGCUUAUCCAGAAUAAUAGUCCUGUUCCUCCUGAACUUGCAAGACACGAGGCGUCCAAGUUCAAGCCCGGUUCGGUUCCCGAUAGACCUCCAAGACGCAGUGAAACUCUUUUUACUCACUGAGAAGUUGAAGUAUUUGGAGGUUUCAAGGAAGUGGAGGCGCCAUCUGAGUUAUAUACCACAGUUUUUGGUAGCUUAAACUUAGUGCUCCAGGCAAGGAACUGUAAUUGCUCCUUUUUUUUAUGAGAAUAGGAUCUUUGGGACUCCAAUUUUUAAAAUCUCUGCUGCCGCCGAAGUGGUAAUUGAUGUUAUUUGUAUUUUCUGAUGCACUAUGGUUGCUCGCUUGCUGAUUAUUGAUAUUAUGAAUAGGUUCACGAUGAUCAGUUUAGAAUGUC